UUUUGUUGUUUCUUUUCAUGUUGUUGUUGACAGGAAGAUGCGUCAGUAAGGUUAUGGUUGUGUUGUGUCAUUUUUUUUCUUUUACGAAACGUUAAACGAUUGUCGCCUGCCCUGCGGCGACUGAAAAUCGUUCAAAAUGAUACGACAACUUUUGAAGCGUAUAUUUCACUGGGGCCCUCUAGCUGCUUUAAGUAUAAUAAAAUGCAUAACUUUCAUGACAAUGCAUUGCUGCAGCAUGUGGUGGCCGGCUUCGCAGUCGUGGGGCGGGACGAUCAACAGCGGAGUGUUUCUUUGCUGCAGCUUGCUCACCAUCUACAAUUUCCUUAGUGCUAUGAUGGAAGGACCAGGAUUCCUUCCUUUCAAGUGGCGGCCCAAAGCGGAGGAAGAUGAACAGCAUCUGCAGUACUGUGAAGCCUGUCAAGGAUACAAGGCCCCCAGAGCCCAUCACUGUCGGAAAUGUGGCCGAUGUGUUGCCAAAAUGGAUCAUCAUUGUCCUUGGAUCAAUACUUGUGUUGGGCACGUCAAUCAUGGACAUUUCACAGCAUUUUUGUUCUGGGCGGUACUAGGCUGCUUUCAGUCUACUGUAAUUUUAAGCUGUUCUCUGUAUCGUGGCAUUAACAGGGUUUGGUACAUGUACUAUGGUACCGGGAAUGAGCCUCGCGUUUAUCUGAGUGCCAAUUCAUUGUUUUUCUGCAUAUUUGCUUUGGGCCUUUCUGUUGGAGUUGUUUUAGCUGUAGGUAUGCUUUUGUAUUUUCAGAUACGAUCUAUAUUAAGAAACCAGACUGGUGUUGAAGACUGGAUAGUGGAAAAGGCUCAUUAUCGUAGGGUUGAAGGUCAGGAAAAAUUUGUGUUCCCAUACGACUUAGGAUGGAAGGAAAACUGGAGUCAGGUAAUGAAUUGGUCCUGUGAACCUGUUGGUGAUGGAAUAUAUUGGCCUGUUCGAGAAGGGUGCGAUCAGUUUACCCUGACUAGAGAGCAGCAGGAACAGAAAAGGGAAAAGAGAGAGCGGACCAGAUUGUAUUCAGUCAUUAACAAAUUUUCAGGUUGGCAUCUUCCUUUUGUUAAUGGUUGGGGUGCUCUGUGUCAUGUUCCAUACACAGAUGAGCCUCGCAUUAAAUUAGACAUUGGAGAAAAUGUAUUUGUCACUAGAUGGAGAAAAUACUGGCUAUUUGGAGAAAAGGAGGGUGCCGAAAAAAAAUCGAGAGGCUGGUUUCCUAGGUCAUGUGUUGUUGAGGUUUCCUGUAAUGAAGACUGGAAAUCUAAAUAAUUGUAGUGUGUUAGUUAAAAUAGAAACUAAAAGGCUGUCAGGUUUAAAGAAUAGCACAAGACUUAGCUUGUGAUAUUUAAAAGUACUUAAUAGUAUGAGCUUUUCAGUACUCAGAGAUGUUUUUUCUUAAGAAUAUCUCUAAUUAUUCCUUUCUCUGACUGUUCACCUUUGGUCUCAUACUUUCUUGUGACUUUAUCAGUUCAUAAAAAUAAAACUUUAAGAAACCAGAACAAAUAAUAAUAACCAAAUGGUGAAGUUAUGAAUUUCAAAAGGGUGGGUGGGGUCUCUCUUCAACUUACUUAUGUUAACAUAUUUAUUUAUCAGAGAAAAUUUAGUUUGUUAAAUGUAUUCUGAAUCGUGAAUCUAGUCAUAGAAUGCUUGUUGAACAUUAAAGUCUUAUAUAUUUUACAAAUACAAUGGUCUAUAAGGAACAUUCCCUUUCUAGUUGAUGUGUUCAAUCAUCCAUGUUUUGGAUCUUUAGAGUUGAUAUGUACUCAGGGUCACAUAUUGUCUAGAUUUCUAUGUCAGAUAUUUUGACACAUGUUUUAAGUCUUCCGCUCCAAAGAACUAAUAAUGUGUGUUCUAAGGCCAUUUUCUAUUCACAAUGGCAAUAUUUUUAAAAAAUUCUUCGGAAGUGUUUAGUUUGUUGUAAAUGAAAAAAAUUGCACAAUUUUGACCACCUUGUUAUGCUGAGGUAAUACAGCUAAAUAAAAACAAUGCAACUCAA